AUGGAACUGCAACUUGUAUACCGUAUCCUACGCAAAAUCUCCGACUGGGCUGUUACAGGAUAUUACUCGGAAAUUCUUAUCGACGGACCCGAAAACGCUCUCAAUAUUCAGCAUGGCGUAGACGGAAAGAGCGCUAAAAGGACCAAUGGCCCAGUCAUUCUCUGCUCUUCUCACCAUAAUGAAAUGAUCGACAUCGCUACGCUGGCUAUGACUAUGCCUAAAUAUCAAGGAGAACGCCGGCAUGUGUCCUUUUGGGCAAAGGACUCCAUGUUCAAAAACGCUGUAGGAGGUUGGGUCAUGCGUUCGAGUGGGGCGAUUCCUGUGAAGCGCAAUCCAAAUAAAUCCGAAUCGGCAGAGUUGAACAGGAAAGUAAAGCUAGGAAAGGAGGACAACAGAUCUGAAAGUCUCUUUGCCAGCACCACUGGUACUUUGGCUCUGGGCAAAGUAGUCGGUGUCUUUCCCGAAGGCACAAGCUAUACCCAACCGGGAAUCGUCCAAGUCAUGCCUGGUGCGGCAAGGGCUGCGGUAGAGUAUGAAAUUUGGCGUCGACGAAACCAAGGGGAAGAUAUCGUGAUCAUUCCGGUUGGCAUUGUAUACACUGACAAGUCGCGUUAUCAAAGUCGGCUCAAGGUGCAGUACGGAUCGCCAAUCAGUGUAAAGGAAUACCUGGAUGAAUCAUUCUCUUCUUCGAGUUCAUCGUCAUCAUCAUCAUCGUCUCUAUAUUCUUCCAAUGCCUCGAUAAGUUCAUCGAUGUCUUAUCCAGAAUCUUCGGCUACCACAUAUUCUUUCUCUAACACGGAAGAUACAUCCAUUGCUCGCACACGCGCCGCGACAAAGGCCGUUGCACUUCGAAUCGAGAAAGCGCUUUUUGGACUGACCAUCAAUGCUCCUGACUGGGAGACGCUAUAUGCCGCAGGAAUAAUGAGAGAUAUCAUUUUCGAAGGUGAAGAGGUGCCUCUUAACUACUGGGUUUCUGUUUCCCAACUUUUCGUGGAUUACCUCGCGACCUCCACCCCCUCGAUUCCAUCGAAGGCAGCUGACGAAAACAAGCACGCAUUGACCAGAUAUUUCGCCUUGCUGCACCACACAGGACUCAGUCACGCCGUGCUACAAGGUCUUUUCCCUCUUCCUGUUAUACUAGGAUCUACCGCGAGCUCUUCGAGCACGAAGACUCCCCCGAAGGAUGUGAGGUUCUGGACAGACAAAGAAUGGAAGUGGUAUCAUACUGUAACCUUUUCUGAAAAUCUUCAUUGUCUCUUUUCAACUUCGACUGCAUUGAACAUAGCACAAUCCCUUGCGAUACUUCCUGUCCUUCCGCCGUACCUAUGCGCCUUCCUCGUUUCACGUCUUACCGCGCGUAUUCUCGCCACCCCCGGCGAAGAAGAGGGCGAAGCGCAGUUCAGGUCCGUCGGAGGCGGUGUCGGCCUGGGUGUGGGGUUAGCUUUCGGCAAAGUUUUAGUCAGUCAGAUUUGGAAAAGGAGAGGAGCAGGGAUAUCAGAGAGUCUAUCGAGAAAGGUUGGGCUAGUCGGGAAAGGAUUUCAAGUGUUAUUGGUUCGAUGCGUAGAAUCUCUGGGGACACGCAUCAAUACAAAAACCACUACCGGACUCCUUCGCAAGCACAUAUUUGGCCUUCCGCAAAAUUCAGGCUUUAAAAUCAUCUCGGAGUUCUCGUCGAACGUUACCCAGAGUCAGAUCGUGAAGACAUUGAUGAGCAGGAUACUGAAAGGAACUGGUUGGCUGAUAGCAGCGUGGUGUGUGAUAAAGUGGUACAACAUGUGUAUCAAACGAGCACACACAACGUAUACAUACACUUUUGCACCCCCAGCGCGUAAAUUGUGGAUACACCAUCUCUCUGUCCUCCUUGUUCUUCGCCGCACUCUGCCCCACACACAUAUCUUCGAGGACCCGGAUAUCGUUCCAUACCUCACUCUUCCAUCGCCACCGACAAAUGCAUUCAUACGAAGGAGAGAGCAAGCACGAACUGAUUCGGAAGGCGCAAGUGGAUCGACUUCGAAGCCCGAACGACGUACGAUUGCUACCUCCAAACUUUUUAUGGCUCUGUUGUGUGCAAAAGGAGAGGCACGGAGAGCCGCGCUUUCAGUGGUAGCUUCCAAUAAAACUCCGAAACCACUAUGA